UCGCACAUGAAUAACUUGGAGAAGAUAUGGCUUGAUGAUCUUGCUUCAAAUGCCUUUAGCAAACUCAAGACACUAGUAGUGAAGUAUUGUGAGAAACUUUCAUCCAUAUUUUUAUCUUAUACUAUGCUCACAAGAUUUCAAAACCUAGAGAAGAUAAGUGUAACGGAUUGUGGGUCCCUAGAAGUGGUAUUUCACAUCCAAGAGUUCAAUUUUAGCGAAGCUUGUCCUACAAGCACUUUUCAAUUGAGAGAAUUAGUUCUAAUGCGGCUCCCAAAAAUGAAGCACGUGUGGAGUGGACAUCCUCAAGGAGGUCUUACCUUUGGACUCUUACGAUGCAUGGAGAUUGUUGAGUGUGAAAGGCUCAAAAGUUUAUUUCCAAGCUUGAUGGCAAAAAGUAUGACGCGGCUUGAAGAACUUUUAGUACGGGAGUGUGGGGUGCAAGAAAUUAUUGUGGAGGAAGACGGAGUAGAGAUGAAUGCAAGGGAUCUCUUCUUUCCACAAUUAACUGAUCUAAAAUUACUUGAGUUGCCGGAUUUGAGGAGCUUCUACAGGAAUAGUCAUACUUCAACACAGCCACUUUUGAAGAAAUUGCAAGUAAGACAUUGCGGCAAGAUAGGGUCAUUCUCAUUUGCUUGUGAAUAUCAAAGUUGUCGAGGUACAAAUAUAAGUGAGAAUCAACCUGCACUCUUUUCUUUUGAAAAGGUCAUACCAAACUUGAAGGGAUUGACAUUGAUGAGCGAGGAUGUUAUAAUGAUGACACUGCAGCACCAUUACGUCUUUCGCAAUCUCACAGAGCUGGACUUGGCAUGCUACCAUGAUGAGAAUGUCGCUUUCCCCUCCAACUUCCUCCUCCACAGAUUCCCCAAUCUAGAAGUGCUUUCUCUGUCCUAUAGUUCCUUGGAGGAGAUAUUUCCGGAAGAUGCAUGUGGACAUGGGGGAGCAACUUCCUACGGAGAAUUAACUGACAUGGAAACACCUCUCAAGGCACUCAAAAAUCUGCGGCAACUUGAGCUGAAUAAGCUAUGUAAACUCCAGCGAGUCUGGAAAGAUGGCUCCUUGAUGGCUGAAAUCCUUAAACAAAUUGAAACUCUGCUCAUUUUGGAGUGCUCAAGUUUAUCAAUCGUACUUCCAUCCCCGACUGCAUUCCAGAGAUUGACGGAAUUAGAAGUAAAGGAUUGUGCUGGUUUAGUUCAUAUGGGGACUUGCUCAGCAGUGACAAGUCUGGUGCACCUUACUUCGCUAACCCUAAAAAAUUGCAGUGCGAUGGAAGACGUGGUAAUAGAUGAUGGAAAUGGAGUAGAGGAGAUCUCUUUCCCCAAGCUGCAUCGUUUGAUACUUGAUGGUUUACCGAGCCUUGAGAGCUUCUCCUCCGUGAAUUGCACCUUCAUGUUCCCAUCAUUGUGGGAUAUUAUUGUGAAGCAGUGCCCAAAGAUGAAUAUAUUCUGCAAUGGUGCCUUGAGUACACCAAGAUUACAUCAAGUAUACCUCUCCGAUGAGGAUUAUAAAGGAUGUUGGGAGGGGGAUCUUAAUACCACAAUCCAAUUCUUAUCGACAUGAAACAAUCCACGCUGAAUUCACCGAGUCAGGUGUCAUGCUCGCUACGCUACGAUCAAAGUGGCCGCUUUUAUUUGCUAGAAACUGUCUUUGUAGUAAGACAUUGAAGCAAGUGUUCUGUAGCCUGUGCACUAAUAAUGUUCCAGCGCAAGGUGUUGUUGCCUCUUGAUAUGGCGUCCAUGUGCUGACAAGUGGUGUUCACAGUGGGCAGGUGCUUCAUUGAAUAUCUCAUUCCUUUUCUAGUUUGGGAUGUCCGCUCAUUUCCUUGAUAAUGGUAUAAAUGUAGCAGAAUGGUUGAGCAAAUAAUCAAUUGAAUGUGGGGGUACUCAAUCUUCCGUUGGAUUGUAUGGAGAUUUUGUAUGAGUGUUGGCUUUUAGGCAGCCUCAUUUAGCAUCAAGAGUUUCUUUGGAGUUGGCCCAUUUGGAUGAUGACAACAGUGGCCAUACACUGACCAGAAGGGGAAGAAAUCCAAGAAUCCAAUUAAGCACAUGUCCUUCAAGAAGCGCACCAGAGCCUACAUGGAGCCAUUCACACUAAAUGUUUUCAUCUCCUAGCGCUUCGUC